GCUCAGUCCCUCGUGAACCCUGAGCAGUUCCAAGGGCUGCAACAGCCGGGACGACGUUGGUGUCCAUUUCCCGGGGCUCUCAGACCCUCAAGAGGCUGCAUGUGAGGACGAAGCGGAGGGGAGUGGCUGGGCCCAGACGUUGAAAAGACUCCGGGACUUGCUCUUGUCUACAGCCAGGAGCCAAUGGCAGGAGACACAACCAAACCUUGUGAUCUGGACCAAGAAAAAUAUGAUGCCCAUGACAAUGUGAAGAUCAUCUGCCUAGGGGAUAGUGCAGUGGGCAAAUCCAAACUCAUGGAGAGAUUUCUUAUGGAUGGAUUUCAGCCACAGCAGCUGUCCACAUAUGCCCUGACUCUUUAUAAGCACACGGCCACAGUGGACGGCAAGACCAUUCUUGUGGACUUCUGGGAUACGGCAGGCCAGGAGCGGUUCCAGAGCAUGCAUGCUUCCUACUACCACAAGGCCCACGCCUGCAUCAUGGUGUUUGAUGUACAGAGGAAAGUCACCUAUAAGAACUUGAGCACCUGGUACACAGAACUUCGGGAGUUCAGGCCAGCAAUCCCAUGCAUCCUGGUGGCAAAUAAAAUCGAUGCAGACAUACAGAUGACUCAAAAAAACUUCAGUUUUGCCAAGAAGUUCUCCCUGCCUCUGUACUUUGUCUCAGCUGCCGAUGGUACCAAUGUCGUGAAGCUCUUCAAUGAUGCAAUUCGAUUAGCUGUGGCUUAUAAACAAACUUCCCAGGACUUCAUGGAUGAGGUUUUACAGGAGCUUGAGAACUUCAAGUUGGAGCAGAAGGAGGAGGAUACACCAGAUCAAGAGAACAGUGACAGAAUCAAGACUUCAUCCCCCUCGUGAUCAGAGAAUAGCCUUGCAUAACUGACUUGGGAUGUGGGGAGCCUUUUGUAGUACCCCUAUAUCUCUGAUCGGAGAGCCUCUCCAAGCCACCCCAGUUUGACAUCCUGUAUGUCCUGUGGCACAAGAUGAGGUCAGCACUAGCACAGUGAGCAGGUAUGAGAUCCUACCAGCCUCCUUGCAGCGGAGUGAAAGAUGAGCGUAUGAUAUCUCCCAAGCACAACUGAAGCCUGACCAUGGAUCUGGGAACAUGCUUGUCCAAUUCUUCAAUAGGCAGACAUUUAGGUAUUUGUGGGCUUUUCCCAAAAAUCUGAAUUCAGGGACUAUUCCUUGCACUCUUAUCAAGAUAAUGAUUGCUAAGCUGACUCCCCUGUUCACCUGCAGAAUAUUUGAGGCUUCUGUUCUUUUAUCCUCCUUCAGUCUACUAACCAAUUUUUGGGAAGGUAAUUGCACAUUUCAGUGUUUGUGUAUUUAUUAAGCACCAGCUUUUCAUGAGCUCUUCUGAGUCAGGCCAAGAUUAUAUGAACAGGUUUGCAUUACAGUUAAGUAAAAAACAAGACAGGUCUAACUUAUCUAAUCAUGAACAGGUAUUAUUAUUGGUUGACAACAGGCCAUAUGUGCUAUAGGAACCUGCAUUUGUAUCAUAAGAAGUUGGUCUACAGAACACCUUUAAAAACCUCCCUGUCAGCAUAGGAAGUUUUCCUCCAUUUCUCUAGGACAAGUUUUAACACUGAACCUCCUGUGAGUGGCUAAGAACUAUACAGGAAGAACUAGCCCACCUCCCCUCGUCCCCUGCUAAUUACCUGCAGCUUGCUAGUAUGUAUUUAUGAUCAUCUUGUGCAUCAUUUGCAUUGUUUUUAUAUUUUGUUUAUAUACUUUCCUUUUUUAUAAUAAAGAUUAUAUGAACAUGAAGAAA